CGACCUCAGAAAGUGAGAGAGAGAGAGUGUGUGUGUGCGUGUGUGUGUGUUUCUCUGUGUGUGUUGAGACUGAAGGGAAGAAAAUGGGGAAAGGGAGUGUCUGGUUAAAGUGGAGUUACAUUGGAGCGAUCAGUGUUAUAGCGGGGAUAGGCGUCCUGAUGUUAGGAUUCACUUUGUUUUCUCAUGGAUAUUUGAUGCAUGAGGAAGAGCACAAGCACCAAAACCCUGCCUCCUCUGGAUAAAUCAGGUCCGUUCACAGAAAGCUUCUGGUGUGGAGAGACAGAGUGAGAUACAAUGGCAAAAGUGCACAUCUGCUUAAGAUGGAGUUACACUGUCUUGAUAAGUGUGAUGGGGAUCAUCAGUUUGCUGUUGCUGGGAUUACUCGCAUCAAUUCAAGGGAGCUUGCAAAAUGAUGCAAAGGAAUAUGGCGUUAGUGUGGGGUUUGUCAUCUGUUAUGUUUUCCUAAGUAUAACUCUGUUAUUCACACUCAUUGGUGGAUUUGGGAUCAGUGCAGACAAGCAAUGGGCGCUGAUGGUGUUUGCAGCUGGAACGAUCCUGUGCAGCCUCUUUCUGCUCUUCUUAAUAUUUAGUUCCUUGGCUUUCCGUCAUGAGAUGGAAAACAAGCCAAAGGAGGUAUUCCUCAGGUUCUUGCAUCUGACAAGAAGCGAAGAAAGUGAAUCAAGUUUCACUUCAGAAAUUCAGAAUAUAUUCCAUUGCUGUGGUCUGGAGAGUUACACGGAGUGGGGAAAUGACAUUCCAGAAUCGUGUGUGUGCACUGAGGGGUCUACUAACAAAUGUACUAAUGUCAGUGUGGAGUUGCAGACCACAAUGAUUCAUUCUGAGCCGUGCCUUCCAGUCUUGAUUCAACUGGCCAAAGAUGUUCUGGUGGCUCUAACAGGCAUACUGCUGGGACAGACAUUAUUUACGGUGUUGCCCACAGUGUUGUGUAUCGCCAUCUUGUGUCAAAUGAACAAGAAGGUAGAAACCCUUGUACUGGCUUACAGCCCCGACGCAAAAGUCAAUGAGGAUCUCACAGAAACUGCAGAUUCAAAUGGAAUCUAAUCCUUUAUAAUAGUUGUAAAAUAUUUAUUUUAUUCCUAAUUAGUUUGCAUUAACAUCAACAUUUUUUUAUCUGACCAAGAAAUGACUUACUGACCUCUUAAAGGUCGUAUUAAACAUGUACAGAAUCACCCCAUUUGAAAGACUUCUAUAUCUUUCUUUUACAGUAAACGCAAACAAAUAUGUCUUUUACUAUUCAAAAACAACCUACAAUGUCCAGUUGAAGAACAUCAAAGCUACAAUUCAGAAAAUAAAAAGAAAUGCUGUGAUUAUUUAAACACACACACACACACACACACACACACACACACACACACACACACACACACACACACACACACACACACACACACACACACACACACACACCUAAACAGUACUUUUAAAAUCAGUCAAGGAAGGUAACCACUAUUUCUUAGACCAUGGAUACUGGCUAUUUCACCGAGGUAAAUAAACAUUUUAUAACCAGCACAGUCAUCCUCCUAAUCUGGCAGCAUUCUGUUUGCUUUAGCAUAAACAAUGUAAGUGAAUGGAAACUGUUAGCAUUUCAAUCAUUUCAAUACCUACUUUAAAUCUACAAAAUGUUGCAUUUGGGAUCAUUUUAAUUUCUCUCCAAGCUUUUUAGUAGGAAUGUAGCAGAUUUGAAGCUUUCAUGCAGAUUUUGUCUAAGUAAAUUAAUAUCUUUCUGCUUGCACAACUGUAAAAUGGUCUGACUGUAGCAGAAAUGAGUUUAAUAAAUCCAUGCAAACAAUGUUAUUUAUUUUCUCAAGUUUUUAUAAUCUUUGAAUUAUGAUUCUCUAAUUAACAGAAAUCAUGAUCAUGUCCAUGUCCAUGUGAAAGUCCAUUUAUGUAUUUGCUUUCAUGAGUCUAUUCAGUUCAGUUUUUUUCACCAGAGUGAUCUCAAGGCAUUUAAUAAAUUAAACAUUUCAACU